CAUUUAAGCGAGCUUGACUACUGAUCGGACGUCAGACUCAUACAUAUAGGCAUAUGUUUGCCGGUGCUGCACAAUUCUAGUAUCUGUAUUUAGUUAUUUGAACUAAACAUAUUUUGAAUAAAGAAGAUUUUGUUGGGGCUGUCAUUUUCCGUCGCCGUGGUGGACAUGAGACAGCUACCCUAAUUACAAAGGGGAUAAGCUGCCGGUUCCUGCCCUGGCUCGUACCUAGGGUCAGCAUGGAUGAAGAAUCCCUUGAGGCAGCCAUCGCUGCCUAUAGUGCCCAGUUGCAGCAGGUGGAGACAGCCCUGUCUGCCGGCCUGGACCCCACCCAGCACUCAGACCUGCUCAAACUGAAAGAAGAUCUCUGUCAGCUGAUAGAGCUCACUGAGGCCAGCCUGGUGUCUGUCAGAAAAAGUCAGCUGCUUGCAAGCCUCGAGGAAAGUAGCGAACUGCAAGCGAAUGCAUUAGAAGCAGCUACUGAUGCAAACGGUGGACUUGAUGCUGAGUUUGCUGCUUUCUACUCUGAACUUGGGGAGUCUUCAGGUAAUAGCUCAGAUUCCAAAGAGAGAACUAAGGAGGGGGGAGGGGAGGAGGUGGAUUAUGAAGAGGAAGAAGAAGAAGAGGACAAGGAAGAAGAAGAUGCACUAAGUGGUACCAAAGUAAGAGCGCCCUAUCGGACAACAUGGGGAACAUUGGAGUAUCACAAUGCCAUGGUAGUGGGGGCAGAACCGCCAGAUGGAGAUGAGGCACAAGUGCGAGUGCUCUACAUCUACCCCACCCAGAAGUCUAUGAAACCCUGCCCGUUCUACUUGGAGGAUAAAUGUCGCUUUCAGGAUAACUGCAGGUUUUCUCACGGUGAGGUGGUCUAUGUGUCGGAGCUCAGAGAGUUCCUAGACUCUGAUCUCAGUAAUCUGGAAGAAGGUUCAUCUUGCUUGGCUCGUCAUGAGGACGGUAUCUGGCACCCAGGCAAAAUAAAAGAAAUUGACAGCGGUUUCUACACUGUGAAGUUCGACUCGCUGCUGCUGAAAGAUGCCGUGGUCGAGGCCGAUGGCGUUAUCCCACCUUUAAGGGAAGAUGACCCGCUGUCAUCAGAGUCCGACUCGGAUGACAUCGGUGAUGGAGAUGAUGCUAUGGGAUAUGCAAAAGUUAUAGACUCUGCUGUGGAACCCAAUGAAACAUCAAGCAGUGCUAAUUUUGGUGGCUGGGAGGCGCAUACCAGAGGCAUUGGAUCCAAGCUCAUGCUCAAAAUGGGCUACGAAUAUGGAAAAGGCUUGGGAAAGCUCCAGGAGGGCAGAGUGGAGCCAGUAAUGGCGGUGGUACUGCCCAAAGGAAAGUCUUUGGAUCAGUGUGCUGAGUUCACCCAGAGACGCACCCAGAGCAAGGCUGCAAAGGACGGCGCACAAACAGGCCGCCCAAAGCGGCGCAGAAAGCCUCGGGUCGCUACCAGAGGGGGCCAGACCGUUUUUGACUUUCUCAACCACAAGCUUGGAGGCAAGACCGCUCAUCCUCCCGAGGGGGGUGCUGUUGCGCCAUCAGCGGCAACCGGGGUGGAGGCUUACCGGGGAGGAAAAAGCACCAAGAGGAGUCUGAACGUGAGGCUGUUCCAGGCUGCCGAGAGGGUGUCCCAGACCGAGAGGGAGAUCCAGAAGCUGAGCGAGUCACUCAGCAGACAGGCAGGCAGGGACCCAUCCAUAGUGAAGCAGUUGGAGGAGAAACUGUCAGCGGCCCGCCGGCUGUUGGUCCAGCACAAAGCCCAGGAGCUGUCCAUCCAGAGAGAGCACAAGAAGGCCGACACACACAAGAAGAUGACUGAGUUCUGAGCUCAGUUGUCUCUCAAAGACAUGGAGGAUAAAGGAAAGCACUGCGAGCCUGAAAUGAACUUUUGCUCCCGCCCUUAUGUCAGGUUUUUUUUUUUUUUUUU